CACAACUCUUCCUGAGAAAAACUGUAUCUGGACUGCGAGGAUGCUUUGAUUUCAGUUCUGUUCAGCGUUUGCCAUGUGUCAAUUCAAAAUUAAGUCCUGCUGAGUUGGUCUUCAUCAGCUUGAGAUACGUAGUAGAAUUCCAGCUUUAUUUUGCUAAUUUGAGGCCAGAGUCUGACCGGCUUGCCUGUUGUCAUCACUGUCCCUUCUGUGUUAUUACUCAGUACUCAGCUAGAGCUGCGGGGAGAGAAUUAGCAGAUGAAUAAUUUUGCUUUCACUUUUUCUGGAUACAGACAAGAACAAAAGGAUUGCUAACUUUAUUUGCCCAGGACUUUGUAUGACAUGGAUUCAGAAUCCUCUCAACACAAAUGUCUUGUAACAAAUGAAUUAUCUAGAAAGCCAGACCAUAACAAAGGACAAAAUGGAGAUGAAGACAUAGUUGCAGAAAUCAUGGGAAGAUGUUUCUGUCCUUCACUGGUAACCACCCAAACUUGGGAAGAAUUCAAUUUUGCUGGUCACCAGAUCAAGAUUACAGAAGCUAAAGACAGUUAUGGAGCUGUGGUUUGGCCUUCGGCUCUUGUUUUGUGCCAUUUUUUGGAAACAAAUGUGAAGCUUUAUAACAUGGUUGACAAAAAUGUUAUUGAAAUUGGAGCUGGAACAGGCCUCGUCUCUAUAGUAGCCAGCUUGCUAGGUGCUUGUGUGACUUCCACUGACUUGCCUGAAUUGUUAGGAAACCUCCAGUACAAUGUUCUCAGAAACACAAAACUGAAAUGCAAACAUGAGCCCCAGGUGAAAGAAUUGGUCUGGGGGGUGGACCUGCAGAAGAAUUUUCCCAGGCCUUCAUCUCAGUUUGACUACAUAUUAGCUGCUGAUGUUGUAUACCACCACCCUUACCUGGAGGAACUGCUUCUAACCUUUGAUCAUUUGUGUAUGGAUAACACCACCAUCAUCUGGGCCAUGCAAUUCAGACUGGAAAACGAAAACCAGUUUGUGGACCAAUUCAAAAAACUGUUCUAUCUGGAAAUGAUUUCUGAUUUUCCUAGUUUAAAUAUAACCCUGUUUAAAGCAAAGAGGAAGCCAAAAUGGACUUCAGUGACUGCAUCCUGACUUUUGGUUGUUAAAUGCCAAAUAAUUAGCCAGUUUAAUUCUUCUGCUUAAUUUUCCAGUUCUGAAUGUGCAUUUUAUUUCUUAUCAACAUUUCAGUUCAACACAUUCAGGGUACUGCAUAGAUUAUUAUAAGGCUAAGAUUCACUUGCAUGCUUUUGUAUGAACAGGUUUUGGGCUGCCAGGUCAACCUUAUUUUCUCAGUUGAUAUCUUGAUUAUUUCAGUGGUGCAAAGUUGACCUGCUAUGAUAAAGCAAAGAGAGGUGGUUGCUUCAAGCAACAGAUAGUGUGGGUGCAGGAAAGGUAGUGAAAUGCUAUGGGGUAGAGCUGUGUAGCUUUAGUUCUAAUAAAUGCUUUUCCAUUGAUAAUGCCUAAGGAAGACUCAACUGCCAGUCUUGUCACGUUUUGUGAAAAAAAGUAGGGGUUAAUGAGUAUCUCCUAUCUAAGUAAUAACCAGGACUGAAUUUUAACAGUUACAAUAGUUAUAGUGGCUGUGACGAGUAGGAACUGGAAUGUAUUGAAAAAAAUGAACACCAUUCUAGUUUCACUCUUGCUUCAAUAAAGGAUGCUUUUUUAUAGUCAUAUGGGUUUACACUCCUCUAUUUAACAUUUCCACCUUCUUCAGACUCAUCAUUAAAGCUAAGAGACAGGCAGGCAGAGAACAGUGAAAAAGCCACAAUAUGGUAGAUGUUGAAGCAGGAAGGUAGGAAUCUCUAAUCCUCACCCCAAGGAAAGCUGUUUUAUAGGCAAGGGACUGUUGGCUAAAAACUUCAAGCAGCUAUAUUGUGGCUACUGACUAAAGAAGGUGGGAGGAAGAGGCCCAGAAUUUAAAUCUGGGGGGGAGAGAGAGAGAGAGAUUGAUUGAUUGAUUUUAGGUGCUGUUACACAGAACUCUUUCUGACAACAGUGACUCGUGUUCAUCACCAUGCACGGUCCAAAAUAUAAUAGUUAGGAUGCUAAGUGGAAGGAACAAGUUACAAUUAUAAUACCACUACUUUAGUCACUGUACUGGCUACUGAUUAUUCUGAGCCCAGUUCAAAAUGCUGGUUUUAACCCAUUAGUCCCUACAUGGGUAAUUACAGGACCAUCUCUCUGGAUUAGAUUUGCCUUAUUGGAUCUAAUGUGAUUUGGCUUACCUUGUUUGGGAGUUAUGUUUGUUCACGUAGGGUUCUUUUAACAUAUGUGAUUUGAUGUUUAUAAUAAACCACCUUGAGUUUUGGAAGUAGUUAAAUAAAUGACUGCAUGAAUGAGGGCUUCCUUAUUCUUUGCAAUAAAUCUACUUACUUCACCUUCUUGUAUCUGCCUGGAAAUAUGGGACAGAGCAUUUAAUUGUCAUAUCUGGUACAAAGCCUUCACAAAUCUAUAUUUGGAGAAUAUAGAAAGCAUAA